AUGCAAAAUAUAGAGAUCCCUCCACUUGAUGUUUGGGAUUGUCUCUUCGAAAGGAGAGAGAAACCUUUCCCAGAUGACCACAUCAUCUUCAAAUCGCUAUCAGGCGAAGUCCGGACCUACAACGACAUCCGAUCCCAAGCCCUAAGUUUUGGUGCCAAUCUUCAAAGCCAGUGGGGAUGGAGAAAGGGUGAUAUUCUCUUAUUCUUUGCACCAAAUGACAUCGAUGUCCCCGCGUUAUUUUGGGGAUGCCAUUGGGCCGGAGGGGUAGUCUCACCGGCCAACCCGACAUACACUGCCGAUGAGCUGGAAUACCAACUCAGUGAUACCGGGGCAAAAGCACUUGUCGUACACACCUCGCUGCUAGACGUUGCAAUUGCAGCUGCAAAGCGCGUCGACUUUCCUGUUGCUCACAUGUUGGUUGUCGGUCCCGAUUCUCCAGAAGCAGAGCUGCAACAUGUCGAAUCUAUGCUGGGAGGUGGAGCGUCUGGAACAACACGCCCGAAGAUAGACUCAGCCGUCGAUACAGCCUUUGUGGUAUACUCUUCCGGGACUUCGGGACGGUCCAAGGGGGCAAGGAUCACCCAUACCAAUCUUGUGGCGGAGAUCAUCAUACAGAGACAAGUUGACGGUGCACACAUAAGCUGGAGACAUGAUCGGUUCCUCGCAUUCUUACCAACAUAUCAUAUAUUUGGACUUGUAUGUUUAGUACAUUUCCCUCUUUUGAUGGGAAUAGAAACAACAGUAAUGGAGAAGUUCUCCGUCAAUUCGUUCUUGCACACCGUCCAAACCGAAUCAAUCACCCAUAUCUAUGUUGCCCCGCCUGUUGUUCUGCACCUUGCCAAAGAUCCCGCAAUGACGCGCGAACAACUAUCGUCAUUGAGAAUGGUAACCUCGGGCGGUGCACCACUGGCACCGGAUCUGGUCCGUGCUGUGUACGAUCGUCUGAAGAUUCCGGUGCGUCAGGGAUUUGGAUUGACCGAGUCGACAGCUGCCUCCCACAUGCAGAGAUGGGACCGAUGGGAUCAAGCAUUAGGGUCAAGUGGUCCUCCAUAUCCUCAAGUCGAGACGAAGUUCAUUGACGAGCAAGGCAACCCAGUAAGCAAAGGCGAAGGCGAACUGUGUCUUCGAGGACCGACUAUCUUCCCAGGCUAUCAUAACAAUGUCGAGGCCACUGCGCAUUCCAUCACGCCUGAUGGAUGGUUCAAGACUGGUGAUAUCGGAUUCCAGGAUGAGGAGGGGAAUCUCUUUAUCACAGAUCGUUUAAAGGACCUCAUUAAAUUCAAGGGCUUCCAAAUCUCCCCAUCGGAGAUAGAGAGUGUCCUGCAUGAACAUCCACUUGUGCAUGAUGUCGCUGUGAUUGGACUUGUUGUCCAGAAGAUUGCGUCCGAAAUACCGGUUGCUUAUGUGGUUCUUGAGAAGACGGAUAAACCAACGCAGCAGGUUGCUGAGGAGUUGGUAGUCUACGUCGAUGGGAAACUAGCUCCUCAUAAAAAGCUUCGAGGUGGGAUUAUUCCGAUCGGUGAGAUUCCUAAGAGUGCCUCUGGCAAGAUUUUGAAGCGAAUCUUGAAGACUAGGGCUGAAGGGGUCGAUCAAGGGAAAGCUAUUGGCGCUACAAUCUAUCAGGAUCGUUCUUCCAGGCUGUGA